UGCCGAUCAGUGAGACACGCCCACCAGCUGUAAGUGGUUCCACUGGUUCCUCCCAAGUUUCCCCAGUAGAACCAGCACCUCCUCACUCCUCACUCCGCCUCACGGGAGCAGAAGUUUCAGCUUUCCUAGAGGAUCAUGUCUCAGAAGGGGAACCGAGGCCCAGAAGGGUCCAUGGAGGCGUCCAUAAUCCGCAUCCCUCCACACCACUACAUCCACGUUCUGGACCAGAACACCAACAUCGCCCGCGUGGAGAUCGGACCGCUCACCUACAUCCGGCAGGACAACGAGAGGGUUCUGUUCCCUCCGGUCCGGAUGAUCAUGGUUCCUCCGCGGCACUACUGCGUCGUCGUCAACCCGGUCGCCCGCGAUGACGACCAGCAGGUCCUGUUCGACCAAUCGGGUCAGGCCAAGCUCCGCCACGCCGACCUGGAGAUCCGCCUGACCCGGGACCCGUUCCCCCUCUACCCGGGGGAGGAGGUCCAGCAGGUCGUGACCCCGCUCCAGAUAGUGUACCCCGACACGGCGCUGCGUCUUCAGGCUCUGCUGGACUUCGAGGGUGCCGGAGGAGAGAAGAGAAUCGCUGGAGACGAGUGGCUGUUUGAGGGACCGGGGACCUACAUCCCCAGGAAGGAGGUGGCCGUGUUGGAGACCAUCAAGGCCACGGUGAUCCGAGAGAACCAGGCCAUCAGACUGAGGGCUCGCAAGGAGGGGGUGGACCGAGGGGGGGUCCGCCGGGUCACAGGUGAGGAGUGGCUGGUCAGCAAAGUGGGGGCGUACCUCCCCGGAGCCCACGAAGAAGUCCUCGACAUCGUGAACGCGUUCAUCCUGACGGACAAGAAAGCGCUCCACGUCCGCGCCCUUCGGCACUUUAAGGACGCCGGUGGGCGGGACCGGCGCACGGGGGAGGAGUGGCUGGUCACCCUGGUCGACCGGGAGGCCCACAUCCCGUCGGUGGCGGAGGAGGUGGUGGGCGUGGUGGACGUGACCACGCUGAGCAGCCGGCAGUACUGCGUGAUCCUGGACCCGGUGGGAGCCGACGGGAAGCCCCAGCUGGGCCAGAAGAGGGUGGUGAAGGGCGAGCGCUCAUUUUUCCUGCAGCCGGGCGAGGACCUUGAAAGCGGCAUCCAGGACGUGUAUGUGCUGUCGGAGGACGAGGGGCUGGUGCUGAGAGCUGUGGAGGCGUUCAAUGACACCGAGCCCGAGGAGGAUGAGGAGGACGAGGAAGAGGAAGAGGAGCAGGGGAGGGCGAAGCGUUCACGGAGGAGCGCCGUCCUCCGCCGGCCCGGAGACCGCUGGAUGCUGCGAGGACCCCUCGAGUACGUCCCCCCCGCCGCCGUGGACGUGGUGCUGAGGAGACAGGCCAUCCCAUUGGACGAGAACGAGGGCAUCUACGUCCGAGACAUCAAGUCGGGAAAGGUGCGCGCCGUGAUCGGUCACACCUACAUGCUGACUCAGGACGAGGAGCUGUGGCAGAAGGAGCUGCCCCCCAACGUGGAGGCCCUGCUGGCCGCCAACCUGGACCCGCUGGCCAGCCGCUCGGAACGGAUGCAGACCGGACAGGCCCUGACGAGGGACAAGACCAGGGCGGUCUCCUACCGGGUCCCCCACAACGCCGCCGUCCAGGUGUACGACUACAGGGAGAAGAAAGCCAGGGUGUUGUUCGGACCAGAUAUGGUGAUGCUGGGACCCGACGAGCAGUUCACCGUGCUGUCGCUGUCCGGAGACAAACCCAAGAGGGCCAACGUCAUCAAGGCCAUCUGCCUGCUGCUGGGCCCGGACUUCUUCACCGACAUCAUCACCAUCGAGACCGCCGACCACGCUCGGCUGCAGCUGCAGCUGUCCUACAACUGGCACUUUGACGUGAAGUCCCCGGUGGACGCUGUGGAUGCUGCAGCCUUGUUUUCGGUCCCAGACUUUGUGGGUGACUCUUGUAAAGCCGUGGCCUCCCGAGUGAGAGGAGCCGUGGCCUCGGUGCAGUUUGACGACUUCCACAAGAACUCUAACCGGAUCAUCUGCUCGGCCGUGUUCGGGUUCGAUGAGAAGCUGGCGGUCCGUCAGAACCUUCGCUUCAACCAGAACCACCUGAUGAUCAGCAGCGUGGACAUCCAAUCAGUGGAGCCGGUGGACCAGAGGACACGGGACUCCCUGCAGAAGAGCGUCCAGCUGGCCAUCGAGAUCACCACCAACUCCCAGGAGGCGGCGGCACGGCACGAGGCGGAGCGUCUGGAGCAGCAGGCCCGGGGGAAGCUGGAGAGGCAGAGGAUCACGGACCAGGCCGAGGCCGAGAGAGCCAGGAAGGAGCUGCUGGAGCUGGAGGCUCUCAGCGCUGCGGUGGAGAGCACAGGAGCUGCCAAGGCUGAAGCUCAGUCCCGGGCAGAGGCGGCUCGUAUCCAGGGAGAGGCGGCGGUCAACGAGGCCAAGCUGAAGGCCGAAGCUCAGACCAUCGAGGCGGAGGCGGAGCUCCAGCGGCUGGUGAAGGCCCGUGAGCAGGAGCUGAGCUACAAGAAGCAGAUCGACGUUCUGGAGGUGGACAAGCAGAAGAACCUGGCUCACAUCGAAAGUCAGCGCUUCAGUCAGCUGGUGGAGAGUAUGGGCAGGGACACGCUGACGGAGAUCGCUAGAGCUGGACCGGAGCUGCAGGUGAAGAUGCUGCAGGCUCUGGGUUUGAAGUCGACCCUCAUCACAGACGGGUCGUCUCCCAUCAACCUCUUCACCACCGCCAACGGCCUGCUGGGGUCACUGUCGGGACAGGGGCAGUGAGGAGGAAGAAUAAAGACGAGGAAGAGGAGGGUGGAGGUCCAAAAGUAAACCUCAACAGAUUCUGUUUCUGAUAGCCGACUUUAAAAGCUCUCAUACCACAUUCAGAUCGUUAAUAUCUGUUAGCUCUGUUAGCUCUGUUAGCACUGUUAGUAGCUUAAGCACUGUUAGCUCCUAGCCCAUCUCAGCCACGGCCAUGUUGAGAUCCGUGUGGAAACGCUCUGAAUAUCGAAUUCAUCGCCUUUAAAGCAAAACAAUGUGCCUUUUUCAUUCAGAUCCCACGAAUAAAUCUUUUCUGUCUUUAAUCA